AUGCAAGAACACCAUGCUGGUCUCCUCCUGCUCUUCUUUGCCUCUCCUACCAACUCCUGCACCGAGCAGGAGAAUAACUCUCUCAUCAACUUCCUGGAUGGGCUCAUGCCAGACGACAACGGUGGUCUCAACGUUUCAUGGAUGAAGGGCACAGGUUGCUGCAAAUGGGAAGGCAUAAUCUACAGCAGCGAUGGGACAGUCAUAGAUGUCUUGCUCGCCUCCGAAGGUCUCAAAGGGGGCAUCUCGCCAUCCCUCGGCAAUCUUACAGGCCUGCUACAUCUCAACAUGUCCCAAAAUUCGCUCGAAGGCAGUCUACCAACAGUAUUAGUUUUCUCCAAAAGCAUUAUUGGCCUCGACGUCAGCUUCAACCACCUCAAAGGUCAUUUACAAGAGAUGCAAUCCUCAAACCCCAGCCUUCCUCUCCAGGUACUGAAUAUCUCAAGUAAUUCCUUCACAGGACAGUCCCCACUAACAACAUGGGAGGUGACGAAGAAUCUGGUUGCUUUUAAUGCAAGCAAUAACAGCUUUACAGGACAAAUACCAUCUUCUAUCUGCAUCAAUGCUCCAUCAUUUUCCAUGCUUGAUCUCUCAUAUAAUCAAUUUAGCGGCAAUAUUUCUCUGGGGCUUGGAAGUUGCUCUAUGCUGAGAGUGCUCAAAGUUGGCCACAACCACCUUACUAGAGCUCUGCAUGUCGGACUAUUCAAUGCUACCUCACUGGAGCACCUCUCUUUAGCCAACAAUGGUUUGCAAGGAGUUCUUGAUGGUUCCCAUAUACUCAAAUUAAGCAAUUUGAAUGUCCUUGAUCUUGGAUCGACUGGUCUCUGUGGUAAGAUUCCGGAUUCUGUUGGCCAGCUAAGAAGAUUAAAGAAACUCUACUUGGAUAACAACAAUAUGUGUGGUGAACUGCCAUCUACCCUAGGUAACUACUCAAAUCUCGGAUACAUUACCCUCAGAAACAUCAGUUUCACCGGGGAUCUUAGCAAAGUGAAUUUCACCAUGUUGGAUAUGAGGACAACUGAUUUUUCAAUGAACAACUUUAGUGGUACAAUUCCUGAAAGUAUCUACUCAUGCACCAACCAGUGAAAAAACUAUUAUUAAAAAUACAGGACCACAUGAUGAAGCACGUACUAUUUCAUUUUUCAGUCCAACAGUGUAACAUCAAGAAACAAGCGCUAAUUAAUUCAAGAAUUACAUCAUAAAUAUCAGGUGAGAACCAAAUAAAAGUUCAUAUUUCAUUUUUCAGUC